AUGCUCUUUUAUACAGCACUAUAUUUCACUCUCUAUAUCUAUCUAUCUAUCUAUCUAUCUAUCUAUUUAUCUUUCUUUCUAUCUAUGUGUCUAUAUCUAUCUUACUCUCUAUCUUUCUUUCUCUCUAUAUAUUAUUUCUCUUUAACCGUCUGUCUGUCUGUCUGUCUGUCUGUCUGUCUGUCUCUCUCUCUCUCUCUCUCUCUCUCUCUCUCUCUCUCUCUCGCUACCAGUCUCUCUAUCUUCCUUUCUAUCGAUCUGUCUCUCUAUCUACCGGGAUUUGAACAAGCUCUUGUCAUCCACCAGCUUGAUUGCCCACUUACCAAAGGCGAAAUAGCUAUAGCUCUUUUCAUUGGUUGGGAUCACUGGGAAAAAAACUCGGAGAGAGUUGACAAGAAUUCAGUUGUGUUCAUUACGACCCGUGACACUGACUGUUUAUAUUCUGCCCUUCACUCGACAGAAAGUAACAAAAAAACAAUAUUUCUCUCUCUCUCUCUCUCUCUCUCUCUCUCUCUCUCUCUCUCUCUCUCUCUCCUGGAGAUGUUUCUAUCCCUCUCUUAUUAUGGCCCCUCUCUCUCUUCUUUUGGCCAUCUCUGUCAUUCUCGCUCCCCUCUCCCCCUCUUUCUCUCUCUCUGUCACUCUUGUCAAUUUCUCACCAUCUUCCUUUCUCUUUCAGACCACUUUCUUUCUCACUCUGAACUUUUUCCAUCUCUCUGA